AUGAAUGAGUCUGUGUCAUAUCAGACUAAAAGCAUUCCACAGGGAUCGAAUUGGCCUGUGUUUGGAUUAAAGUUAUGUGUUAUUUCCAGAAAAAGAAGCUGGCAAAUGGAACAACAACAAUCACAAUUUCUCCAAAAAUGCCCAAUUCAAAUUGGGCAAGAGACUUUAAUUGAAAUUGACAAGGAUGGUAAAGGGCUGGGUUUAAGUAUUGUUGGUGGAUCGGAUACUGUACUGGGUACUGUAAUAAUUCAUGAAGUUUAUCCUGAUGGAGCCGCUGCAAUCGACGGCCGUCUGAAGCCUGGCGAUCAAGUCUUUGAGGUAAACAACACUUCUCUUCGGAACAGUACACAUGAACAAGCUAUACUUUUGUUAAGGAGGACCCCAGCAAAAGUACGUCUACUCGUUUAUAGAGACCAGAAUUUACAAAUGAGCUUACUCGAUCCAACACAAAUUUACAACAUUAUCGACAUCGAAAUUCUAAAAAAGGCUGGGAAAGGAUUGGGUAUUUCUAUUGUUGGACGCAAAAAUGAGCCUGGAGUUUAUGUUUCCGAAAUUGUUAAAGGAGGUGUUGCUGACACAGAUGGGCGUUUAAUGCAAGGGGAUCAAAUUUUGGCUGUUAACAAUCACGAUGUUGCCAAUUGGAUGCAGGAAGAUGUUGCUACUGUUUUAAAAACAUGUAUUGGAAAAGUCUCCCUCAAAAUUGGUCGCUGGAAAUUAACAGAAACAGCUCAACGUGUUCGCUCUGCUCAGCCUCCUUCAAACAAUACAGAAAAUAACAACAACAAUUCAGUUGAAGAAACAACAACACAAAUGCCUUUACAACAACAACAAAAUAUAAAUGAAUCUAAUAAUAAUUCACAAGAUUUGUUAAAACAACAAAAUGGAAGUAAUAGAGACCCCCCACCGCCAGCACCUAUCCCUGCUGGAGCCAAAUUACCUCCACCAACACUACAAAUAACUUUACAUGACGAGAACAAUCAACAACAAAAUUUAACUGGGCGAACAGAUUUAUCGCCUGUUAGUGAAGAGGAUUUGAAAUCCAUAGCGGAGACCGUAGCCUCCGAAGAGACCAUCUCAGGAAUCACCACAACCUCUUCCUCCCAAAGACGCCCAAUUAGUCAAUUACCAAAUAGCGGUUCAGCUUCAACUUCCUCCUCUACAAAUAUUCAACAACAACCUUCUGCUGCUUUCAGAUCAGAUUUAAAAGAGGCUGGGUGUGAUAGUCUUCUAAUUGCUCUUAAAAAGGAUGAGGGGCAACAAUGGGGAAUGGGGAUUGGAAAGAGGCCUAGAGGAAUUCUUAUAACUUCUCUUCAGCCAGGCAGUUCUGCAGCUGAAAAAUUAGCAAUUGGAGAUCGUAUAAUGGCUGUUAAUGCACACGAAGUUACAACACAACAUUCAGCAGUUACUUAUAUCCGUUCAAGUGGUAAUUCUGUUACCUUACAAAUUUCAAGACCAGCAAAGCUCAGUACAACAACAACAUCGUCAAAUAAUUAAAAAUGAAUAUUGCCAAAUUUCCAACAAAUUUAAAUGCCUAUAUUUUUAAAAAUUUAAAAAAUGUCUUUUGAAAAAUUUUUUUAACUUUUUUGGGGCUUAAAAAUAUCUGAAAUUUAUUAUCUUUGAAAAUAUUCAUGUAUACGGUCAAACCUCCAUUAUAAGACACUUUUAGAAUAAGAUACCCCCAAUAUUAUAUACACCUCCAUUUAAGGUACGCUCUGCUAAAAAUUGGCUGUCUAUUAAAUGGAGGUAGCUGUUUAGGUAAUACCCUCCAUUUAAUAUACAUCUCACUAUAGGGUACACCUCAUUAUAGGUUACUCCCAAAAUAAGGUACCCUUCAUUAUAAGGUAUACUUCCAUUUAAGAUAGGGCUUUCUAAGAAUUUGGUUGGUAACUGUUUAAGCAGACACCCUCUAUUUAAUAUACACCUCCUUAUA